CGACGGCAGAACCAACGCUGAUGAUGCCUCCAUCGCUGAUAUUGCCUAUUGAUAUUUAUACUUUAUUUAUUACUUGUAUAGAAUGUUUGUAGAAUAUAUAUAAUGUUAGAAAUACUAUUGAAAUAAAUAAAUGAACUUAGAACUUUAUAACUAAACUUGGCCUCAUGUGGCAUUAAGUCGUUGAGCCUGAACAGACCACGGAGAAGUCUUCUGUCUGAUUGUGGUGAUCUCGUGGAUGGAUGGAGGAUGGAUGGAAAUACACACACUCAACAAAGCCAGUGAGAGCUCACUGAUCAUCUUCAUCAUGACCAUCAUCAUCUCUCUGCUCCUGUUGACCUCUCUGCUGCCACACCUGACCUUCACUGCUCAUGUGAAUGUGGGUAUAGUGAAUGGAAAAGAAGCCAAACCACACUGCAGACCUUACAUGGUUUCUAUUCAGGCGUGUGGGGACCAUAAAUGUGGUGGAUUCCUAAUUUCUGAUCAGUUUGUCCUGACUGCUGCACAUUGCUGGAACGGACGUAAUAUUCUGAUGGUUGUUGUUGGAGCUCAUGACUUAAGGGACAGCAAGAGUUCAGAUCACAUCAGAGUGAAGUCCUACAUCCCUCAUCCAAAAUAUAAAUCCAAUCCUAAAAAAUAUGCUGACGACAUCAUGCUUUUGAAGCUAGAGAAAAAAGUCAAUCUAAACAACAAGGUUGGAGUGAUCCCAUUACCAAAGGAAAGAGAAGACGUCAAAGCAGAUACUGCCUGUAGUGUUGCCGGCUGGGGAAGACUGACUGAUGGCUCAGUGAGCAAUGUUCUAAUGGAGGCAGAAGUGACUAUAAUGAAUAACACAGAAUGCAGAAAUAGAUGGGGAGCGAUAUACUCAGUCUCACAGAUGAUCUGUGUAUAUGGCGAUGGUGGAACCUGCAAUGGGGAUUCAGGAGGUCCUUUGGUUUGUGGAAACACUGCUGUUGGCGUCACAGCUUUCGGUCAACGUGGUCACUGUAAUUCACCUAAGCUUCCUAAUGUGUAUACUAAGAUUUCAGCAUAUAUACAAUGGAUCCGUACAGUAGUUGGAAAUGUAUAGUGACUUCUUGGAAACUAAAGAAGUAAGAAAUGUUAUUCUUGAAUUCUUCCAUAAACCUUCUUUCAAUAAAAGUAUCACAUGGCAAGCAUCAA